CCCACCCAGCCCGCAGUAAUACACUCAUACGGAGUAAUAAUUUCGCAGAAGCUCCACUUUUGUCUUAGCUGCCUUCUCCAUUGGCAACUACUAAUCUUCUGUGAAUCCAUCAAAGUCAAAGAGCUUAUAAAAAAGAAACUCAUUUCAGACAUCUCACUCAAUCAUAGCUGGGCGAAUAAUCUUUGACCGCAAGGAAUUUGGUAUUAUGUGGGAUGGUUUCAUAACAGAGAACUGUUUAUGCGUGCGCAGUUGAGUUAGCUGAGUCGAAUCCGACGAGUUAUGGGCUGUUUUCAAUCGACGUUCUCCAAGGCCCACUCUUUCCACGAGAAGGACCACCGCCCAGGGCAGAACCGUCAUAUCACCUCAUCCAACGGCAAAGGCAGCGCAACCGCCACCUCCGCCCCAUCCGAGGGGGGAGCUGCGAUCUUCUCAGAGUUUUUGCUCGCCGACCUCAAGGCGGCAACAAACAAUUUCAGCUCAGAGUUCAUUGUCUCCGAGAGCGGCGAGAAGGCUCCCAAUGUGGUGUACAAGGGCCGCCUGCAGAACCUACGCUGGAUUGCCGUGAAAAAGUUCACCAGAACGGCUUGGCCUGAUCCUAAGCAAUUUGCGGAGGAAGCUAAGGGUGUAGGGAAGUUCAGGCACAAAAGGCUUGCGAAUUUGAUUGGGUAUUGCUGUGAUGGUGAUGAGAGAUUGCUCGUGGCUGAGUUUAUGCCCAAUGAUACGCUUGCUAAACACCUGUUUCACUGGGAAAACCAAACCCUUGAGUGGGCCAUGCGCCUUAGAGUAGCUUUAUAUAUUGCUGAAGCAUUGGAUUAUUGUAGCGGUGAAGGCCGACCACUAUACCACGACUUGAAUGCAUACAGGGUUCUCUUUGAUGAGGGUGGUGAUCCACGUCUAUCUUGUUUUGGGUUAAUGAAGAAUAGCAGGGACGGUAAAAGUUAUAGCACAAAUCUUGCAUACACGCCCCCAGAGUAUUUAAGAACGGGGAGAGUAACACCUGAAAGUGUUGUUUUUAGCUUUGGGACUGUCCUCUUGGACCUUCUCAGUGGAAAGCAUAUUCCACCUAGUCAUGCCCUUGAUAUGAUAAGGGGUAAGAAUAUACUCAUGUUGAUGGAUUCACAUUUGGAGGGGAAUUUCAAGUCAGAUGAGGCAACCGUGGUGUUUGAUUUGGCUUCCCGAUGCCUACAGUAUGAACCUAGAGAGCGACCAAACACCCAAGACAUUGUUGCUACGCUUGAUCCUUUGCAGUGUAAACUUGAGGUCCUGUCAUAUGUGAUGCUUGGAAUUCCAAAGCAAGAAGAAGCUCCACCCAUUCCUCAACAACACCCUAUGUCUGCCAUGCGUGAUGCUUGUUCAAGAAUGGAUCUCACAGCAAUUCACCAAAUUCUUGUAACAGCUCACUACAAGGAUGAUGAAGGGACAAAUGAGUUAUCUUUCCAAGAGUGGACUCAACAAAUGAGGGAUAUGUUGGAGGCAAGGAAGCGUGGUGACUUUGCAUUCCGGGACAAGGACUUCAAAACCGCUAUAGAUUGUUACUCUCAGUUCAUAGAUGUGGGUACAAUGGUCUCACCAACGGUUUAUGCACGGAGGAGCUUGUGUUAUAUAAUGUGUGAUCAGGCGGAUGCAGCUCUACGGGAUGCGAUGCAGGCACAAUGUGUCUAUGCAGACUGGUCAACCGCAUUCUAUAUGCAGGCGGUUGCUCUGUUUAAGCUAGAUAUGCACAAAGAUGCUGCUGAUAUGUUGAAUGAGGCUUCGAGUUUAGAAGAGAAGCGCCAAAAAGGCGGAAGAGGAUCUUGAUUUGUCCUUCACUUGUUCUUUUUCUGAACCCCCCACACUGCAUCGCAGCAUCGGUCAUGUGUUUGUUGUGACCAGAAAAAGCCCAAUUUUCUGUAUCAUUUGGUUCAUGCGUGUGCAAUUUGCAUUGGAACUAUGAAGUGUACAAUAUAGCCUGCUGCAACAACAAAAUGAUACUCUUGUCCGAUGAUUAUUUGUAACCUGAUCUGUCUAGAAUAAUUAAAGUAUCUGAAUAUGUACAUUUAUAAUCAACGUAAAUACCCUAUCUAGUCCCUCCCUCGUCUAAUCCACCUACUAUUGCCUAUUUUGGCUUUCAUUAUUUAGUACUCGAUAUGGUUAUCUACUACUCCCUUGUAUUCAUUCGUCCCCAAGCAUGUUGUCCUUGAUAUUGAUUAUUGAUUCUUCAUUCUCUAAA